AUGGGGUCCUGUGUGGCCCCUGCCUUUGCAAAUACUUACAUGUUUGAGGUGGAACACCAUGCCUUCUUCAGUGAUAGCAAUACUGCAUCUAAGAUUCCGUUCUUCACACGGUACAUUGACGACCUGUUCCUGAUAUGGACAGGGACAGAGCAGGACUUCAAUAUCUUAAUGACAGCCAUCAACACCAUGGAAAGCACCAUUAAAUUCACAUACCAGAUGAGCUCACAGUCCGUGAAUUAUCUAGAUGUCCAAAUCUCUGUGACAAAUGGUAAAAUCUGUACUUCACUGUACAAGAAGGCCACGGAUCGCAAUACAAUUUUGCAUGCCAACAGCCAACAUCCCAAUUCCACAAAGAGAGGCCUACCGUUCUCACAAUUCUUGCGGAUACACCGUAUAUCUGAUGAUAUAGUCAAUGCUGAACGAGAGAUUAAUGACAUGAUGAAGCAAUUCAUGCUCAGAGGAUAUAAAUAUGGGGACUUGGUGAAAGCCAAAGAAAGAGCGCUGGCCAUCCCACGUUCUAGAACUCUAAUUCCAUCAGGUGACCGUCAAAAACGACUUGGUGACUGUAUCCCGUUCGUUCAACAAUACUGCCCAGCUAGUCCACAUAUAGUGAAGACCGUAAAGAACUUAUGGCCGGUGGUGACAACAGAUCCCGAAUUGAGUAUGCUCAAAAAUACCAAAGUACUAGCCAGCUAUACCAGAAAUAGGAAUCUCAAAGAUUGGCUUGUUAAGAACGAUGUCUCCAAUACCAAAAAAGUUGGGCCGAUUACCUUCCUCACGAGAAAGGCGGGGUGUUACAGAUGUACUGGCUGCACCACGUGCAGUUUCAUGGAGUAUGAAAAUUCUCGUUUUCAUGCAAGCAAGCCAAGAAGAUUAACCCCAGCCUGGAACCUGCCCAUCGACUCUCUGAAUGUAUCCACAGUCUUGCUGUGCCCUUUGCUCCUGGCAUGUAAACCAUGCUUACGGAUUGAGAUUUUAGUAAAUGCUACAGGACUCCCCAAGCUCCAUGGUUUUGAUGUACAAGGUCUGGAAACAAGUACAAACACGUUUCAUUCAUUUAGUAUUUCAAAGAAAAAAAGCCCUAAAAUAAACUUGUGGCAAGUGCAGUAUGACUGCUGGACCGUUGCUCAUGGACAAUACAUAUAUGUUACUCUCUCAACCAAACCCAACUAUGGCGUACCCGUCUCCAAAAAGUACUACAUUGCCAACAUGGAUGCCAAGCCACGAUUCCAGUUUCAGCACCUGGCGGAGGAGAAGAGGUUCGAGGUGUCUAUACCACAGGGCCCGGAUGUCUACACACGCCUCUGCUACCAGUACAAUAUCUGUGAUGACCUGCCCGACAGCCCUAAGAAACUGCUCAAUGCUUCCAUGAACGCAUCUCUCCCAUACCAACACUUACUGCCUUGUUUAUGUAUUGAGGUGUUUAACACGUGCCGUGACAGCAGGCGGAAGAAGAUAUGUCCCUUUCAAGAUCACCCAGAGCCCUACGCUGCAGAGAUGCUGAACGUCUCGGUACAAGAGAUUUGGCAUUACACGAAUACAAUGAUGGUAACAUUCAUCAAUCCUUGUGGGACGGUGCCGGAGGUCUCCUUUUGUAUGAAAGAAAAUGAGAAUUGUAUCACUGUACCCGAUGCCAUUGUUGAAAGAGUUGACACGGAAUAUUACCUUGCCAGUGUAGACAGAGAUCCUCACCUGUGUUUUAAGUUCACAUUAUUGAACAACACCCUGAUAAAAUGCCCUGGUGGAAGAGACUGGAACAUUAAUAUGAAAAAACAGCUCUUCGAUGUUCGUCUUACCGUAUCCUCAAACGUUACAGCUUCUUUCAGUGCGGUGAUUUGCCACCAGGACCAAAGCACCGGGCACUGCCACCCUCAAUCAGUCAUCUAUAAUGUGUCGAUGGUGGGUAAAGAGGUGCACUGGUCUCUUCCUAUUCCUGACAUAGGCAGCUGUAUCGAGGUGUGGCGUUCUGAUGUCCGAUAUGCACAUAAAUAUCUCAUCUGCUCAUUUGACUUUUCCCACAAACAUCUGGGCCUUGUUGUUCUCGCUACUGUAGUGGUGGUCUUCAUGUUGAUAUUACUCCUUUUCCUGAGCUAUCAGAGGAUAUGGAAGAUAUUCACAGCUCCCCUUUGGAGGAGGACCAUCCUGCUGGUAUAUUCCCCAGAUUCUGCAGAGUAUAGGAAUCUCAUCUGUGUCUUUGCUGACUUGUUGCAAAGCAUUCUGGGUUGCGAGGUCAUCUUGGACCUAUGGGAUAUGAACACCAUUAGUCAGAUUGGGAUGUUGCCAUGGUUUUACCAAAAGAGGGAGCUGGUGACUCAAAGAAAAGGUAAAGUGAUGAUUGUGUGGAGUAAGCGGAGCAAGACAAUGUAUGAACAGUGGAGAAGCCGCAAACUGAAUAGUAUGGGCUGGAAAGACUCAAAUAAUCUGUUUGGUGCCGCCAUGUCCUGUCUGCAGAAGGACUUUGAAGUAGUCAAGGAAAACGAACAUUUACAGGAAUAUACAAUGGUUUACUUCGAAGGCCUUUGCAAUAAAAAGGAUAUCCCCAAAAGCCUCAGGAAGAUCUCCCGAUAUCGCCUAUUUAAGGACCUCUACAGACUGGUCAGCAAACUGCAGGACACUACUUGCCUAUCCCCUCCUUGCCUGAUAAAGGCAGUUGCCAAAUACCUCAUAAAAAAGCUUAUAAGCUCGGAAAAAAGCCAAGGUUUAAAGAAAAACAUAGAGCUUUGCAAGCAGAAGCUCCUUGAAGAGGUCACAUAAUGGUGAAAGUGGAGAGGACCAGUGGCUGGCAAAUUUUCCUGGUCUAAAGACAGGGCAGAUCCUAAUUAUGGGGCUACGUUAUGUCCUUUCUGCAAAGGUUGCGACAUAUGUGUGAGUGUCUUCAAGUGAACUUCACCCAAAAACAUGAAACCAUUGAAAACUGGAUUUAACAUCCUUAAGUGAAAAACAAGAUGUAUCCAGGAGGAUCUUCAGGUGUCAUUGAAUUAUUCUGUAAUAAUGGAUGUUUAUUGCAACAUUUUGUAUUCAAUGGAGAUUGUAUUAAGAAGACUGAAAGGUCUACAUCAGGAGAAGGCAACAUUGUUCACUAUGCCAGUCCAGGAACAUUCCAAGUACAAUUUUUUUGUAAGUUCCACGAGUAUUUGAGGCACAGAGUCCCCCUUCAUGACCAGAGCGGUGUCAAGCUGGACAUAUUUCCUAAAUGUGCUUACAUUCAGAUCAAAGUCCUGACUAAGCAGGUCAGUAACCCAAAAUUUGGGGACUGCACCUACAGAAUCAGGAAAGUUAGCUGAGUACAUUAUAAAAACAGUCCAAGUAGUUAGUAAGUAAAGUAGUAUUAUAACUGAUUACUACUUUCUUAAAUAUCUACUGUACCCAGAGCCGUCUUAACAGCAGUGUAGGACCCUGAGCAGAGCAAUGUACUGGGGCCACUAACCAUUCUCCAGCGGUAGGGGAGGGGGGUGCUAUCAGCGGCAGCUUUGAUGACCUGCGGGCGGUAGGGGGUAUUCUAUCUUCCGCUCAGCAUGUAGGACCUGGAGCAGUAAUUUCUGCUAAUUACUCCUUAACUGCACAGAUGGGGCAGGAGGAAGAAUGCUAAACUUUAAAAGGGACAUUGGGCUGAAUGAAGGGGCCCUGGUACAUGACUUCCAGGGUGGUAGGGGGUGUUUAACACGCAGGAGAGGGGUGGAUAAUGGAGUGGGCUUAAUGUUGAUAAUUUUCUGGUGGGAGGGCAGCUUGCUUGACUGUAGAUACCUCCAGGGACCAGCUGCUGCAGGGCUGAUAUUUCUGGUUCUGGGCAUAGUAGAGACAAGCUUCCAGAAUCAACCGAAAAAGGAGAUUUGGAGUAUACCCUCAGAAAAACUCUAAGUCAGACAGAGCCUGAGCUAUUUGGCUGGGAAGAGCAAUUAACAGGCCCAUAUGGGGACCACUGCUUUGAAGUCCGAUAUCUCUGGUUCCACAGGGCCGAUUUUCAAAACCAUGUUACCCCUGGAAAGAGGGGACUCUCAGCUAUCAGCGUAGGGCCGUUAUACUUCUGUGCCUCUUGGGCAAGUACCCAUUGAGCCCGUAUGAAUAGACUGCCCUGACUGCACCCUCCAAUUAGCUCAACCACUUUUAGUUAAUCUAUACCAUUUGGUGUAUGACAUUACUUAAGCCAAGCCGUUGAUAUUCUCUCUGUAUAUGGAAUGGGUCAAGACUCAAAUACGGGUCGCAUAUUAGGGUUAGCCAUCAUUUAAUAUUAUUCCCAUUUUAAAUCCCAUAAACAGAACCAUCAACAAUUGAUGGUUUUAAAAAGCCACCAAUGUGAAAAUAUGUCCAUAGGUCUCUUUAUCAAUGAUUUAUGUCAUUUAUAGCCCCUUCCUUAUUUCACCAAUUUCAUUUUCACUCACUUUUGCCUAUUUACAUUAUAUGGAACUUUUUAUGACCUAGCUGUGUGAAAAAAUAAGUUUCAGUGUCUAAGCUUGGGAGAUAUAACAAAGCUGGUAUUAGAUGUCUAGGUGAAUAUGAAGGAAAGCACAAAGUUAUGUUAAAUUGGCGAAAACGCCAAAAUUGCACCGUUCCACAGUCAGCAAUUCCCGGAACAUAUGGACAAUAAAUUUAUUCUGGGGACUCUGAAAGUGUAAAUUUUAUCAAAAUAUUGUAUUUUUUAUACCUAUAGGAAAUAAUCACUGAAUUUGUAUCAAUACAUAUGAUUAAAUAUGUACAUAGUGCUGAUUUUCUGAGAUUAUUUUUAUGCACAUAGAUGUUAAAAGUCAAGAUAUAUGGCCCUCAUUCCGAGUUGAUCACUAGCUGCCGUUGUUCGCUGCGUAGCGAUCAUUUAAAAAUGUUUUUUUAAAUUACGCAUGCGUAUGGGGCGCAAUGCGCACACGCGGCGUAUGCGUACAAAGAGCAUCGUUGUUUUGCACUGCUUCUAGCGACGAUUCCAUUCGCACAGCCGAUCACAAGGAGAUUGACAGGAAAUGGGAGUUUAUGGGUGUCAACUGACAGUUUUCUGGGUGUGUUCAGUAAAACGCAGGCGUGUCCAGGCGUUUGCAUUGCGGGUAUCUGACGUCAAUUCCGGGACCUUCAUCGCAGCAAUCCUUGCAAGUAAUAAGUAACUACAGGGCAGGUCUUGUUCUGCACAAAAUGUUUUUAUACCGCUCGGCUGCACAGGAGUUCGCACACUUGCAAAGCGAAAAUACACUCCCCCGUGGGCGGCGACUAUGCAUUUGCAUGGCUGGUAAAAGUAGCUAGCGAGCGAUCAACUUGGAAUUAGGGCAUAUAUAUAUAUAUAUAUAUAUGAGCCACCGCACAGAUUGGGAACGUUAUAAUCAAGAAUUUUUCCUUGCAAAAUCAUAUUCUCAUCUGUGUGUAUCUCUCCAUUAUUUAUACCUGCCUGUGUCUGUGGGUAAAAGGAUUAACAUUGUUACAUCAAGAAUUUUUUGAAUGUACUUAAUGAAUGAUUAAAGGAAAACAAAGAUUAAAUCCAUUAUUAUAUAUAAAUGUAUGAAGUUUCCCGUAAUGUUAGCAAACAGCAUAUUCUGAUAGUGUAUGUACUCUUGUUAUCUACUUACAGUAUGCGAAUGCGCCCAUUCCCAGCCGCUGGGAGUUAUGACCGAGUGCUCUUAGUUAAGUUUGAUCAAACAUGUAUACAUAGGCAUGCGCACAGGGUGUGACUAAGGGAUCUAUUUACUAAACUUUGGAGAGACAGUGGACGGAGAGAAAUUACCAGCCAAUCAGCUCCUAACUGCCAUGUUACAGGCUGCGUUUGAAAAAAUGUCAGUUAGGAGCUGAUUGGCUGGUACUUUAUCUCCGUCCACUUUAUCUCUCUCCAGGGCUUAGUAAAUAGACCCUUAAAUGAUAUAUUCUUUGCACAAGUGGAAAGUCUGAUGUGCCUCAUCAUCCUUAAGCAUACCAUACACUGAAUGCUCAUUGUGCAAACCAGCCAACCAAGCGACUAGUUUGAACGGUUAUCGUUCAGUGUUGGGUUUUCAAACCAGUCCAAUCCACCCGACCACUGGCCAUUCAGAUGCACUCUUUGGUUGAUAAUCGCAUCUAAUGAUUGUGUAGUGCAUGGAGGCCUCCAAUUAUUGGGCAGUCGCUCCUGCCCUUUUCCCUGUUGUCUGGUUGGCUGCAGCAUAUGGCCAUCAUGAACUUUAUAGGGUGUACUGAUCAUUGGCAGCUAUUAUAAACCCUCCACUGUGUAUAAUUCCAAAUGAUUACAACUAAUAUGUCCUGUACCUUUUUUAUUUAAGUAAAUUGUUAUUUUGAUGUAUAUAAGCCCAAUAAGAGACAAGUAAGAGAUACAGUUGAUGGAAGACUACGGACCAAAUGUAAAAGCCAGCAACUCAUGGGUGCAAUUCUGGUGUGAUAGUCACUUGCUUUAAAGUUUAAAGGCUGAACCCACCUGGUUUUGUUUUUAAUUAAUUGCCGCUUUAAUUCUAGUGGCUAUGGGUCUGAUUCAUGUUUUUAAGUAAAGCAAAGAAAGCAAGUAACUUUGUGUCUGGAACAAACCAUGCUGCCAUGCAAGGGGAGCAAAUAUAUUUAUAUUUUUUCUGUGCAGGGUAAAUAUUGGCUGCUUUUGCAUGUAGCAAGGGCUGGCCUGAGCAAAUUUGUUUGGUAAGCGAAUAUAGAUUUUUGUGCCACUCACUGUGCAUAUUGUGGAUGGAGCUACAAUGUGGCUGGGGCAUCAAUUGGUGUAAAAACGUGUCAAUCUAUCAUAAUAUAUGAAAGUAUACAAAUACAGACAUAUAUAUUAGGAGAGAAAACCCAAAGAGAUAGAUCCAGAGCCACAAAAAAACCUUGAAAAAGCCAGAUCCACAUAAACAGUGGCAAAACUUGCACCCACAGUUCUGUGUAGAAUAGUAACUAGUUACUGCUCAGCAGAGGAGACUACUCUGGUGAUGUGACAUAGGGGCUCCCAGUAAGCAGGACCAGGCAGUUCUGGAGUCAGAAACCAGCAGUGGGAAGCAACCGCCAGCAGGUCGAGGAUAGCGUAACAAGUCAACCCACCUCAAAAUGGCCCUGAUGGGGAAAGUCGGGUAGAGCAGAGCGGCCAUUUCAAAUGUGGGGGCGGCUUGCUAGCUAAUCGGAGCUCAUGGUCCGGCAGCCAAUCAGGAGCCACCGCUGCCUAAUUGGCUGCCUGUCCACGAGCUCAGAUUGGCUUGCGGUCGGACCCACGUAAUGGUCGGGCCGGUCCUGCAUGUAGCCCACAAAUGUUAGCUUUAUUUUUACACUGCAAUUUAGAUUUCAAUCUAGACACCCCACCCAAACCUAAACCUCUCUGCACAUGUUACAUGUGCUCCACCUGCAGUGCUACAUGGUUUAGCCCAUUUGCUUGCAUUUUUGUUUUACUUACAAACAUGAAUCAGGCUCUGUCUUGUCUGCAAAUUGCUGGCUUUUACAUUUGGCCCUCUAUGUUAAUGCCACAUUACCUGUUUAACUAAUUACAGUUCUCAAUGUCCUUGGAAUUGAAACUAAACUGACAGUUGUACAUAUCACGUGAUUAACACUCCAAGGUGUUACAAGCGCAAAUGAAAACGCAUUUGUCAAAAAAACAGAACAAACAGAAAAAAAACAUCUGAAAAGCUAUUCAGAACAAAAGUCUCUGGCAUCCACAAAGGGCUAAAUCUACUGUACAGAGCUUUCCAAUGGAGGCGGUCAAGAUCCCGCUGGACGGGAUCCCGGCGGUUGAAAUACCGACGCCGGAAUCCCGACCAGCACAAUCCCGACAUAUUCUCCCUCCAUGGGUGUCCACGACACCCAUAGAGGGAGAAUAUAAUAGUGUGCCGAGUGUAGCGAGACACCGUGCCCACAGCGAGGCGAGCGAAGCGGGCCCGCAAGGGGCCGCGUUCCGCUCGCCACCCCUGUCGGGAUUGUGUGGUCGGGAUUCCGGCGUUGGUAUUUCGACCGCCGGGACCCCGUCCAGUGGGAUUUAAUACUGAUCCCCUUUUCAAAGCCACUGCAACAAAACUAGGUGUGUUUUACAGUAUAUUAAAUAAGAUCGUCCCUUUAAAUCCAGUGACCUAAACUGCUGAAGAUGUUUGAAAAGCGUCAUAUAGUAAAGUUAGCCAAACAGAUAUUUGAAAAUCUCAUAACGGCGCCGGAUUACAGACAGCCGACAUCCUGAAGAUAAGUAUGUGGGUACGGGUUAGGGCCCCCGGGGGUUGUGUGGGUACAUGUUAGUCGUAGCCGACUCCCCCGGAGGGUUAGCCCUAGCCGCCACCGCGAGGGUUAGGGUAGGGGACAGGGGGGUGCAAAUACUAUUACCUCCGAUGUCGGGAUCUUCAAUGUUGGGAUGCCACAGUUGGUCAUGUGACUGCCGGCAUCCCAACCGGCGUGAUGUAGUAUGUAUUCCAUAUAUACAUAUGUUGCUACUUGGCACCAUAUCAGGUUCCAGGUAGAAAUACAGUUUUUGUAGAAUAUUUUCAUACUGUGUCAUUCUGCAACAAAAAUUAAAGUUUAAUUUUAUUAUGUCAAAAUCCUUCCUACCUAUCACAGUAUGCUGUGCAGAAAACACCUUAACCCAGUGGUUCCCAAACUGUGUGCCGUGGCACCCUGGGGUGCCUUGGGACACUUGCAGGGGUGCCUCGGGUUGGUGGUCCAGAACCAAUUCAAAUUCUGCAUGGUGAAUGUAAAAAGCAAAACCAGUGUUAAUGGCUGCCAAUCAUAAAAUAUAUUGACAAUCAGAAGCAAAUCUUGUCCUUCACCACAUAAGCUACCCUAAAGGCCAGUACUCACUGGCCGAUGUCAGAGAGAUGUGUGCUGAGCG